GUCAUCACUUAAUUUCAGUACAAAUAAUGGCUAUUGUAAAAGUAGGCCUCAGAGAAACAAAAAUAUACGUUUACUUUACUAACUAUAUCAUACUUACUAGGUCAUACGAAAUCAAUUUCAAUACUAUUAAAACAUAAUUUAGCAUCGGUAUCGAACUAUUCUUUUUUAUUAUCAGAGAUCGAUCUUUGUACUUUCGUUCUCUCAAUCCCAUGCCUCGCUGUUGUUGUGGUGUUGAAGUGUUGAGCGUGUUCCGUGUGUGGUUUGUCUGGUUUAUUCCAUACCGGAUAAUAAGCCGACACUGAUAGAUCUACUGAACUAUCAUUAUUCAUAUUGCUGACCAAAAAAAAGUGUUGAAGACUUUGCUGUCACAAUGAAGGCGAAAAUGCAGAAAUUUAGUUCCCGAAAGGAUAAGACGGCUUUGCCGAAGAAGAGGCAGUUUAACAAAAUACAGGAAAAAAGGAAAAAACAGAAGAAGGUUACGGAUGAUGCUGAAAUUGAAGCCCUAAGUUCAAAACUAUGGCCCAAUUUUGAUGAAGAAAAAGAGGAGUUGAAGCCCUCAAGCAGUAUGACAUUUGCAGAUUUUCCACUGUCAAAGAAAACCCUCACAGGAUUAUCUGAGCAGAAAUUCGUCACCCCGACAGAAAUUCAAAGGGAGUCCCUCCUGUUUGCCUUGAAAGGUCAUGACAUACUGGGAGCUGCCAAGACGGGCUCAGGAAAAACUUUGGCUUUCCUCAUCCCGGUUCUGGAGCUACUGUUCAGACAGCGCUACACUCCUGGGUUUGGCCUCGCUGCGCUGAUUAUGUCCCCUACUAGAGAACUGGCCUAUCAGUCGUUUGACAUGCUCCGGAAAAUGGGCAAGCACCAUGACCUCUCGUUUGGAUUAGUCACGGGUGGAAUGGGCCUGAAAGAGGAAGCCAAGAAGCUGACGAGCACCAACGUGAUCAUCUGUACCCCGGGCAGAUUCCUGCAGCACCUAGAGCAGACGCCAAACUUUACAGCCGAUGAGUUGAAAGUAUUGGUUUUGGAUGAGGCAGACAAGAUCUUGCACAUGGGCUUCGCAGAAACGAUGAAUGCCGUACUCUCAUCCCUACCCCCCCAGAGGCAGACGUUGCUGUUUUCUGCCACACAGACCAAGAGUGUCAAAGACUUGGCCAGACUGAGUCUGAAACGGCCCGUGUACGUCUCUGUGCACGAAAAAGCAAAGGAGACAACGCCCUCUGCUCUGGAACAGCGCUACGUCAUUUGUGAGACUGAGAGAAAGAUCAACAUGCUAUGGUCCUUCAUCAUGACUCAUAAACAUCAGAAGAUUUUGGCUUUCAUGUCGUGCUGUAAACAGGUUCGCUACUUGUUCCAAGUGUUCAAGAAGAUGCAGCCUGGGCUGACAGUGCUGUGCUUGCACGGACACAUGAAGCAGAACCAGAGGAUGAUCGUGUACAACGCGUUCACAAACAAGCAACACGCCAUCCUACUGGCCACAGAUGUGGCUUCGCGUGGCUUGGAUUUCCCUUCUGUCAGCUGGGUGCUUCAAGUGGAUAAGCCGGAGAAUGUGGAUACCUACAUCCACAGAGUGGGCCGCACAGCCAGAUAUGAGAAGUCGGGACAAGCUCUCAUGUUCUUGCUACCCUCAGAGGAAAAACAUUUGGUGGAAAAUCUGGCAAAACGGAAGAUCCCAAUCAAGAAACUGAGAGUGAACAAGAAGCAGGUGUUUGAUGUGACCAAAAAGUUGGAAAGUUUGUGUGCCUCAGAACAAGAGAUGAAGGCCAAUGCCCAGAAGGCUUUCACGUCUGCCAUGAAGACUCUGCACAUCCUUGAUCCAGUCGCCUUCAAAGCUGUAGAUCAAGAAGCAUUUGCCAGAUCGUUGGGUCUAGUCCAGGCUCCACGACUUCCUGUCGCGAAGAAGCGGAAAGCUCAGCCAGUCUCAGGUGCUGAGGCAAAAGCUGCCGGCAACGAGAGUGACGAGGAUUCUGACAGUGAAAGUGAGGACGAUGACGAGGAGGAGGAAGGCGAGAGUGAGGAGGAGGAGGAAAAGGAAGGAAUCUCACAAGCUGGAGGGAAAGAUACCAAAUUCAUGGUGGACAGCGAGGAUGAAGACGAGGGCUCCUUCUACGAUGUGGUCAAAGAUGUGGAGGUGGCCGCAGGGGAUCAGCAGGAGGAGCUGCCAGUCAUCGAGGAGAGCACGUCCAGAAAAAAGAAAUCUAAAGCGAGGGAACAACUGAGGCUCCUGAGGCAUGCCAAGAGGACGGUGUUUGACGAGGACGAGAACCCCACUGUUGAGGAGCAAGAUGACUUUGAGGAUGUUCAUGGCCUGAACAUUGAGAAUGCCAAACAGAGACUGCAAGAGCAGGACAAGUUGGACCGACAAGCGGAAAGAAUGAGGAUCAAAGAAGCGCACAGGGCCAAACGGCUGCAACAGAAAGAGAAGAGACGGCAGGCAGAGAUGGAGAAAAGACAAGCCAACGAGGAGCCAGAAGUGUAUCUGGGACAGGGAGAAAGUGACGGUGGGGACGAGGGUGAACUGGCCGAGGACAGCGACGCUGAACGUGAGCGAGUGGGCCGCGGACAAGGAGAGAUGGACACUGGAGGUGAUGAGGACAGUGCGGAUGAAAGUGGAAGCGACGGCGAGCGGGAAGAAAUGGAGGACAGUGAAGGAGAGGAGGAGGAAGAGAGUGACGGUGAAGAUGAGGG